AUGAUCAAUUUUGUGCAGGAGCUGUCGACGGAAGACAUUCGGGUCCAAGCUCCGGCAAACUCAGGCAGCGAGUUCUACAACUACAAGGGCUUUUUUCUCAUUGAUCCUAAUGGCAGUCUGCGAUGCAAAGCCAGCUACCGCUACCAAGGCCAGAGUGCUUGCCGGGGACCCAAACACCGAGCCCAUAUGUCUUUGUGGGAGACGAGGCAUUCCCCUCUGAGGGAGUGUAUAGAGGAGGUGGUGGGGUCUCCUAUCCCUGACAGACAGCGGUCCAGACUGUUCAGGUCUACCUCUGAGAGUUCAGAUGAGCUGUCAGAACUAGACCUGUCCCACGGCAAGAAGGACGCCUUCGUACUGGAGAUUGAUGACACUGAUGCAGUAGAGGACAUCCAAUCCCUUCUCACUGAUGCCCCCAUGCCUGCAGGGUUUUACAGCUGUAACACAGAGGUCAUGCCUGGGAUUUACAACUGGACUUCAGGGCUACAGAUGUUUACAUCUGUCAGGGUCUACAGACUCAAUAAUGCCAAUCUGACCAACCAGGGCCUCAACAAGAUCUUCACUGACCUCUGUGAGAAUUUACUCAAGAGUCUAUACUUUAAGUUACGUUCCAUGAUCCCCUGCUGUCUAUGCCAUCUCAACUUCACUGUAGCCGUACCAGAGGAAGAACUCAUACAGGUGGCGGUGACAGCUGUAGCCAUGAGUUUUGACAAGGAGACUCAGCUGGCAGCCGACAAGGCUCUUAACAAGGGGAGUGGUGAGAAUGAAGAGCAGCUACAGUUUUCUAUGGAGCUGUGUGGAGAGUCAACGUCCUCCAACAACCAGCCUACAGCCAAACCUUCAGGUCUUCCAGAGAGUGCCAUGACCCACUCCUCAUCUCGAGUUUCCUCGGUUGAUUACGGUUCCUUUGCAGACAGAUGCAGCACCUGGCUAGAGCUGCUUAGGCUGAAAGCUCACACCAUAAGACGAGGAUCAGUUAAGACAAGUAGGAGGACACAGUCGCUAGCAAACUCUGUCUCGUCCUCAGAGCGCUGCAGUCCUCUCCCAGAGGUGCGGUCCCGGUCCCUACGCUCCACCAGGUCGUUGCCAUGCGGUGCCCCUGUUACCGUGGUGAAGAUGACUCCUCUGUCCUUUCUCCCCAGGACGCAUAUUGUCAAAUACUUGGGAAUCAUCAACAUGUUCUUCAUUAGAGAGACCACGUCACUACGAGAGGAGGGGGGUGUAAGUGGGUUCCUGCAUUCCUUCAUAGCGGAGGUGUUUGCCAUGGUCCGUGCCCAUGUAGCAGCUCUGGGGGGCAACGCCGUAGUGUCAUACAGCAUGAAGGAGUGUGUCUUCAUGGAAAACCCCAACAAGAACCAGGCUCAGUGUCUGAUUAAUGUUAGUGGUGAUGCUGUCAUCUUUGUCAGAGAAUCAGACCAGGAGGCCAUACCCCCUCUGAUUACUAGCGGACAGACCAGCACCACUGGGGCUGAUGGGACCACAUGACACACACACACACACACUUGAGUCUAGCCAUCCAAAUAAUUGUGAUUUAUGUCUGCCAUAAACAGACUAGUUGAUGGAGAAAUUGUCUCUUAAUUGUCCAUUAAGGCACUCUACAUAAGCCAUUUAGAGGCAUUAUGUAAUGUCUGUCUGUCUGAUAUAAUAGACAUUCCAAUACAUGGUGAAGUUUUAGGCAGCUAAAAGACUGAUUGCUCUCCAUCCAGACUCAGCAGUCACUAGCCAUUCUAAAGUGUACAGGGUAGUCAUUAGUAGACAGCCAUGGUAAAGAGUACCAUACUCAGUACAGCAGGGUUUCCCAAUAGGCAGCCCGU